GCCACCCAAAGUUUGUCGAGCUCACAGGCCACAGCAGCAAUGGGACGCUCUCUUCUCUCCCAUCUCCUUAUCCUCAACAAUACUGCUCCUUGCUUCGCUUCUUCAGUGUUAAGGGGACCGCGAUUAAUUCCUCAAAUUCGUGCUCAAAGUUUCCGGUGCCGUUGCAGCGUCGCCGUCUCCGAGCCUUCGGUUUCCGACAAUCCUCCGACCUCUGUAAAGAAGAGAAUAGUCUCUGGUGUACAGCCAACAGGAUCUAUACACCUUGGGAAUUAUCUUGGUGCCAUUAAAAAUUGGAUUCAGUUGCAGGAUAAGUAUGACACUUUCUUCUUCAUUGUAGACCUUCAUGCGAUAACUUUGCCAUAUGAUGCACCACAAUUACUAAAAGCAACAAAAGACACAGCAGCUCUUUAUUUAGCAUGUGGUGUGGACCCUUCUAAGGCCUCGGUCUUUGUACAGUCUCAUGUUGCUGCUCAUGUAGAAUUGAUGUGGCUUUUGAGUGCUGCCACACCCAUUGGUUGGCUCAAUAAAAUGAUUCAAUUUAAAGAGAAAUCACGAAAGGCGGGGGGUGAAAAUGUUGGGGUUGCCCUUCUAACCUAUCCUGUGCUAAUGGCUUCUGAUAUUCUUCUGUACCAGUCUGAUCUUGUCCCUGUAGGAGAGGAUCAGAAGCAACAUCUUGAAUUGACACGAGAGCUUGCAGAACGUGUUAACAAUUUGUAUGGAGGAAGAAAGUGGAAGAAAUUGGGAGGGCGAGGUGGUCCAAUAUUUAAGGUACCUGAACCACUCAUUCCACCUACUGGAGCUCGAAUAAUGUCUCUUACUGAUGGCCUAUCAAAGAUGUCGAAGUCAGCACCUUCUGAUCAAUCUCGUAUCAACUUGCUUGAUCCAAAAGAUGUAAUAGCAAAUAAGAUAAAACGAUGCAAGACUGACGCAUUCAGUGGCUUGGAAUUUGACAAUCCUGAAAGACCGGAAUGCAAUAACCUUCUUUCUAUUUAUCAGCUUGUUUCAGGCAAGACAAAACAGGAGGUUGCAGAGGAAUGCCAAAAUAUGAAUUGGGGAACAUUUAAGCCCUUGCUUACAGAUGCUUUAGUUGCACAUCUACAUCCUAUCCAGGUUCGUUAUGAGGAAAUAAUGUCAGAUACUACUUAUUUGGACGAAGUUUUGGCCGAGGGUGCUAGAAAAGCAUCAGAUGUUGCAAACGUUACUCUCAAUAAUGUGUACCAGGCAAUGGGAUUCUUGCGAAGACAAUAAUCCAAGCUGUAUGAAUAAUCUGAUAAGAAAGGUGCCUGCAAUAGCAACCUUGAUGAUGCCUUAUUGGUACACACAAUACUCUUUACAAAUCAAGUUAUACCUGCCAGUUCACCCUUGAUGAAGAUAGGGAUAUUCACAAUAGUGGCAGUUAUUACUGCUUUUCUGUACAUUUGACUUCUUUUCUAUGCAUUAUCCAUAUAUUAAACAGCCAAGGAGCCCACCGGCAUUGAAGAUGAUCAAGACUUCUCUCGACUUAUAAUUCUAAUUCGUGAUCAAAUACAGGUGUUCAACCCCCCAACUGCCUCCUUGUUACAAUCAUAAUCUGUUUCUUAUAUGAAGGUUUGGCAUUGUUAUUUGGAGAAUACAUUGCAAACCCCUAAAUGACUAAACUAGGCUGAGAAUUAUAUUUUUGUGCCAAGAUGAGGCUGGAUGUCUGACCACUAGUUACUUUUUUUUUUUUUUUUUGUUUUUGUUUUUUUUUGAAUGCUACUGACUCUAUUACAUACAUGCCAACGUUUAUUUGAGGUAAUGUGCCUUAGGUUUUGGUACCAAUAACCUAUUUGGAAAAACUCAUUAUGGAUAAUGCUUUAUUUAUUCUCUA